CAGCAGUAUAAGAGAAGUAGUUAUUCCUUCCUUUCAUUUUUAUCUAACCCCUUCUUCUUCUUCUUCUUCUUCUUCGUCGUCGUCUCCACUCCCGAUCUCCGAUCCCACACAACGGAGCGAUGGAGAUCUUCUACUUCCUGGUCUUCGGAGGCCUCGCCGCCGUCGUGGCCGUGCUGGAAUUCAGCAAAAGCAACAAAGAUCGGGUCAACACCCCCACUGCUUUCAAUUCCUUCAAGAACAACUACCUCGUCGUCUACUCUCUCAUGAUGGCUGGAGAUUGGUUGCAGGGUCCGUACGUCUACUACUUGUACAGUCAGUAUGGCUAUGGGAAGGGAGAUAUCGGCCAACUCUUCAUUGCUGGGUUUGGAUCCUCCAUGCUCUUCGGGACGAUUGUUGGUUCUCUUGCUGACAAGCAGGGCCGCAAGAGGGCGUGUGUCACUUACUGCAUAACUUACAUCUUGAGUUGCAUCACCAAACAUUCUCCUCAUUACAAGGUUUUAAUGCUUGGUCGUGUACUGGGAGGAAUUGCUACUUCUCUGCUUUUUUCAGCCUUCGAGUCUUGGCUAGUUGCUGAACACUUUAAGAGAGGAUUUGAUCAACAGUGGCUCUCCGUUACAUUCUCCAAGGCCAUAUUUCUUGGCAAUGGUUUAGUUGCUAUUCUAUCUGGAUUGUUUGGAAAUGUACUAGUUGAUACCCUGGCACUUGGUCCUGUUGCUCCCUUCGAUGCUGCAGCAUGCUUUCUUGCAAUUGGAAUGGCGGUUAUCAUGUCUUCUUGGCCAGAAAAUUAUGGAGACGCUUCUGAAGGCAAGGAUUUGUUGUCACAAUUCAAAGCUGCUGCUGUAGCCAUUGCUUCUGGUGAGACCAUAAUCUGACUGAACAAAUUCUCCAUUAUCUCAGUGUCGUUUUCUAGGUGCCGUCUGGGUUAGGAAAUUUUGUAAAUCCAUUGUUUUUUUGGGUGAAUGAUCUUUACUCUCUAAAAAUGGUCUCUGUUUUUCAAGUUACUUCACUGAGUUGUGCAAAUGUUAUGCCAUGGCAACUCCUAAGAGAAAAUUAGUUGCUUAUCAGAAAGGGGACACCUUCCUUGCUCAUUGGAUUUUUUUUUGCAUUCAUGCUUACUCUGUUAUCCUGUGCGUGAAUCAGAUGAGAAGAUUGCGUUGUUGGGCGCCAUCCAGUCCCUAUUUGAAGGAUCAAUGUACACCUUUGUGUUCUUGUGGACUCCUGCUCUGAGCCCGAGCGGUGAGGACAUUCCACAUGGUUUCAUUUUUGCAACAUUCAUGCUCGCUUCAAUGUUGGGAAGUUCAGUUGCCUCCCGCCUGCUUGCUCGUUCAUCCCCAAAAGCUGAGAGCUAUAUGCAGAUAGUUUUCUUAAUCUCUGCAGCUGCCCUUAUGCUUCCUGUCAUAACAAGUUUCUUGGUGGUACCUACUGGAGUCAAGGGUGGAGGAAUCUCCUUUUCUGGGUGCAUCCAGCUUAUGGGUUUUUGUGCUUUUGAGGCUUGUGUGGGUAUAUUCUGGCCCUCCAUCAUGAAAAUGAGAUCCCAAUACAUCCCAGAGGAGGCCAGGAGCACAAUCAUGAAUUUCUUCCGAAUUCCUCUGAACAUUUUCGUUUGCGUUGUGCUGUACAAUGUGAGUUUCUUUUACAAUCUUCCCCCGUUAUGUUCUCAAAAUCGAUUAUCCGUCCUAUCCCAAGUCUCAGGUUACACAUUCAAGGUCGGAGAUUUAUCCUCUUGGGGAAUUCCCUCUGCAGCAAACCCCAAAGUCUAUUCUUACUGGUCCAAGUAUCAUUCAGUAAGGAUUGGAGAUUCUCUCUUGUUUCUGUACCCACCAAGCCAAGACUCAGUGAUCCAAGUCACACCACAAAACUUCGACUCCUGCAACCUGAAAGAUCCGAUCUUGUACAUGAACAACGGCAACUCUUUGUUCAACAUCACCGAGGAGGCAGACUUGUACUUCACCAGCGGGGAGCCAGGGCACUGUGAGAAGAAGCAGAAGCUUUAUAUCAAAGUUGGCAACGGUUCAUCGGCCUCUGCUUAUGCUCCUAAUUAUGGGCCCGGCGGUGCCUUGGCUGACACUGCUCCCUCUUCCCCAAUCGCAUUCGGCUCGAUCCCAGUCGCCCCUUCUACUUCAUCUUCUUCUGUAGUGGGAGCCAGAUUCUCAGUCAUCUUGUCUGCCAUUGUUGGAUCGUUGGUCUCUGGAGUUAUGGUCAGGGGAAUCCUGUGAAUUAGUUAAACUGCCCAGAUGGUGCAGUUGAGCGAGCAUUGAUUGAUUGUUGCUAUAUCAUUAUUAUUUUUUUUCCUAUUGUGCAAUUUUACUGGUCAAUAUACAUAUUUUUUUUGGGUUCUGGAGACAAAACAGAGGAUUCUGUGAGGGUAAAAGUGAAAGUGUUAUUUGGUGCUUUCGAAGAAAAGCGGGCAGUGGGAACAAACCCAGUAGCCUUUAUCUAGGAAAAGUUGCAGACUUUGGAAUGAAAA